AUGCUGGCUCCGUCCUCGAUGAGAAGGCUAAUUUUUUUGCCCAAAAACUUAUUCCCUGCAGCACACCGCUUUGCUAUUUUGCUUCAAAAAUGUUCAAAAGCAAAAGCAACGAGAGCCGGCAAACAAGUUCAUGCUCGGUUGGUAACUACUGGGACUAAUUUGAACGUGUUUCCUUUAAAUUCAAGGCUUGUUGGAAUGUAUGCAAGUUGCGGGGAUGUGAAAUAUGAGAGUUUAGUAUUCCAAAAAAUCCAAAACCCAAAUGUUUUGGCAUUGAAUUGAAUGGUUUUGACCUCUGCAUUCAAUGGAGAUUAUAGAAAGGCCAUUGAGUACUUCUGUUUGAUGCGAGAUUCUAUACAUGUUUGUAACGAGUUUACUCUCUCUUUUGUGUUGAAAGUUUGUGUUGGUUUGUUGGAUUUGAGUAAAGGAAAGCAGGUUCAUUCUGUAGCGUUGCAAUUGGGUUGUGAAAGUAAUUUCUUUUACACCAAUGCUCUGAUCGAUAUGUAUGGUGAAUGUGGAUUUGUAUGUUUUGCACAUAGAGUGUUUGAUGGAAUGGUUAAGAGAGAUGUUGCUUCCUGGGCUUCGAUGAUUUGUGGAUAUUGUAGUAUGGGAAAGAUUGAGCAAGCACAAAUUUUAUUUGAGAGAACGAAGUUGGAAGGAUGGGAACCAAAUGAUUUCACGUGGAAUACUAUUAUAACUGGCUAUGCGAGGAAAGGAGAUAGUGAUGGAGCAUUGGCACUUUUUUCAAGAAUGAAAAGAGAAGGUUUGGUUCCUGAUUUGGUCACCUGGAAUGGGAUGAUUUCGGGUUUUGUUCAAGCACAAGACUUGGUGAGGCUUUUUUGUGACAUGUUGAUUUCAUUGAUUAAACCUAACCUUGUAACCAUCACAGGAUUGCUGUCUGCAUGUGGGAUGAUUCGUUCUUUCCAAAGAGCUAGACAAAGUCAUGGAUUAAUUUAUAGAAUGCGACUUGAUGUUAAUGUCUUUGUUGCUAGCGCUCUAAUUAACAUGUAUUCAAAAUGAGGCAGUGUGAAAGAUGCUAGGAAUGUGUUUGAGAAGACUCCUCAAGACAAAAAUGUUGCAUCAUGGAAUGCUAUGAUUGGAUGUUAUGGGAAGCAUGGCAUGAUGGAUUCCUUGAUUGAGCUGUUUGAUAGAAUGCAGGUAGAAGGAAUUAAGGCAGAUGAAGUGACUUUGGCUUCUGUUCUUUCUGCAUUUAGCCAUAGUGGUUCUGUUGGUACAUAAAAGAAAGGUAUGGAGUUGAUUCUAAUAGGGAGCAAUGUUGCUGAUAUGUUGUGUUGUUCAGAGAGGAUGGCAGAGGCUUAUGAGUUGAUUAAGAAAAUUCCAAUAGGAUUUAUAGAAAUCUGGCUCUAG